GACUAAGUCGAUUAGGCACCGAUUCGGGCUUAUUUGUUUCGGGCCCAUUUUUGGCAUUUUCCAAAGGGGUACCAUCACAGAUUUCGGGCGAUUUUAUGGAAUGGUCAUUUUUUAUGGAUUUCGGAGGCUACAGAUCGCGGAUUCGGCCUGAGGCGAUCUGGGGCUAUUGUCCACCGAUGAUGAAGUGAAUUAAUCGCCGAUUUGGGCGAAAAAUGUUCCGGGGCAUUUUCGUAAUUUUAUGCGCGCUUUUUCGGGAGGCCAUUUUCCUUGGAUUUUGAAGGCCUCGGAACACGGAUUCGGCCUGAGGCUAUCCUUCAACGAUGACUAACUCGAUUAGGCACCGAUUCGGGCUUAUUUGUUCCGGGCCCAUUUUUGGCAUUUUCCAAAGGGGUCCCAUCACAGAUUUCGGGUGAUUUUAUGGAAUGGUCAUUUUUGUUGGAUUUCGGAGGCUAUAGACCGCGGAUUCGGCCUGAGGCGAUCUCGGGCUAUUGUCCACCGAUGAUUAAGUGAAUUAAUCGCCGAUUUGGGCGAAAAAUGUUCCGGGGGGCAUUUUCGUAAUUUUCCGCGCGCUUUUACGGGAGGCCAUUUUCCUUGGAUUUUGAAUGCCUCGGAACACGGAUUCGACCUGAGGCUAUCCUUCAACGAUGACUAAGUCGAUUAGGCACCGAUUCGGGCUUAUUUGUUUCGGGCCCAUUUUUGGCAUUUUCCAAAGGGGUACCAUCACAGAUUUCGGGCGAUUUUAUGGAAUGGUCAUUUUUGUUGGAUUUCGGAGGUUACAGAUCGCGGAUUCGGCCUGAGGCGAUCUGGGGCUAUUGUCCACCGAUGAUGAAGUGAAUUAAUCGCCGAUUUGGGCGAAAAAUGUUCCGGGGGGCAUUUUCGUAAUUUUUCGCGCGCUUUUUCGGGAGACAUUUUCCUUGGAUUUUGAAGGCCUCGGAACACGGAUUCGACCUAAGGCUAUCCUUCAACGAUGACUAAGUCGAUUAGGCACCGAUUCGGGCUUAUUUGUUUCGGGCCCAUUUUUGGCAUUUUCCAAAGGGGUACCAUCACAGAUUUCGGGCGAUUUUAUGGAAUGGUCAUUUUUUAUGGAUUUCGGAGGCAACAGAUCGCGGAUUCGGCCUGAGGCGAUCUGGGGCUAUUGUCCACCGAUGAUGAAGUGAAUUAAUCGCCGAUUUGGGCGAAAAAUGUUCCGGGGCAUUUUCGUAAUUUUACGCGCGCUUUUUCGGGAGGCCAUUUUCCUUGGAUUUUGAAGGCCUCGGAACACGGAUUCGGCCUGAGGCUAUCCUUCAACGAUGACUAAGUCGAUUAGGCACCGAUUCGGGCUUAUUUGUUCCGGGCCCAUUUUUGGCAUUUUCCAAAGGGGUACCAUCACAGAUUUCGGGUGAUUUUAUGGAAUGGUCAUUUUUGUUGGAUUUCGGAGGCUACAGAUCGCGGAUUCGGCCUGAGGCGAUCUGGGGCUAUUGUCCACCGAUGAUGAAGUGAAUUAAUCGCCGAUUUGGGCGAAAAAUGUUCCGGGGGGCAUUUUCGUAAUUUUCCGCGCGCUUUUUCGGGAGACAUUUUCCUUGGAUUUUGAUGCCUCGGAACACGGAUUCGACCUGAGGCUAUCCUUCAACGAUGACUAAGUCGAUUAGGCACCGAUUCGGGCUUAUUUGUUUCGGGCCCAUUUUUGGCAUUUUCCAAAGGGGUACUAUCACAGAUUUCGGGCGAUUUUAUGGAAUGGUCAUUUUUUAUGGAUUUCGGAGGCUACAGAUCGCGGAUUCGGCCUGAGGCGAUCUGGGGCUAUUGUCCACCGAUGAUGAAGUGAAUUAAUCGACGAUUUGGGCGAAAAAUGUUCCAGGGCAUUUUCGUAAUUUUAUGCGCGCUUUUUCGGGAGGCCAUUUUCCUUGGAUUUUGAAGGCCUCGGAACACAGAUCCGGCCUGAGGCUAUCCUUCAACGAUGACUAAGUCGAUUAGGCACCGAUUCGGGCUUAUUUGUUCCGGGCCCAUUUUUGGCAUUUUCCAAAGGGGUCCCAUCACAGAUUUCGGGUGAUUUUAUGGAAUGGUCAUUUUUUAUGGAUUUCGGAGGCUACAGAUCGCGGAUUCGGACUCAGGCGAUCUCGGGCUAUUGUCCACCGAUGAUUAAGUGAAUUAAUCGCCGAUUUGGGCGAAAAAUGUUCCGGGGCAUUUUCGUAAUUUUCCGCGCGCUUUUUCGGGAGGCCAUUUUCCUUGGAUUUUGAAGGCCUCGGAACACGGAUUCGACCUGAGGCUAUCCUUCAACGAUGACUAAGUCGAUUAGGCACCAAUUCGGGCUUAUUUGUUCCGGGCCCAUUUUUGGCAUUUUCCAAAGGGGUACCAUCACAGAUUUCGGGUGAUUUUAUGGAAUGGUCAUUUUUGUUGGAUUUCGGAGGCUACAGAUCGCGGAUUCGGCCUGAGGCGAUCUGGGGCUAUUGUCCACCGAUGAUGAAGUGAAAUAAUCGCCAAUUUGGGCGAAAAAUGUUCCGGGGGGCAUUUUCGUAAUUUUCCGCGCGCUUUUUCGGGAGACAUUUUCCUUGGAUUUUGAGGCCUCGGAACACGGAUUCGACCUGAGGCUAUCCUUCAACGAUGACUAAGUCGAUUAGGCACCGAUUCGGGCUUAUUUGUUUCGGGCCCAUUUUUGGCAUUUUCCAAAGGGGUACCAUCACAGAUUUCGGGCGAUUUUAUGGAAUGGUCAUUUUUUAUGGAUUUCGGAGGCUACAGAUCGCGGAUUCGGCCUGAGGCGAUCUGGGGCUAUUGUCCACCGAUGAUGAAGUGAAUUAAUCGCCGAUUUGGGCGAAAAAUGUUCCGGGGCAUUUUCAUAAUUUUACGCGCGCUUUUUCGGGAGGCCAUUUUCCAUGGAUUUUGAAGGCCUCGGAACACGGAUUCGACCUGAGGCUAUCCUUCAACGAUGACUGAGUCGAUUAGGCACCGAUUCGGGCUUAUUUGUUUCGGGCCCAUUUUUGGCAUUUUCCAAAGGGGUACCAUCACAGAUUUCGGGCGAUUUUAUGGAAUGGUCAUUUUUUAUGGAUUUCGGAGGCAACAGAUCGCGGAUUCGGCCUGAGGCGAUCUGGGGCUAUUGUCCACCGAUGAUGAAGUGAAUUAAUCGCCGAUUUGGGCGAAAAAUGUUCCGGGGCAUUUUCGUAAUUUUACGCGCGCUUUUUCGGGAGGCCAUUUUCCUUGGAUUUUGAAGGCCUCGGAACACGGAUUCGGCCUGAGGCUAUCCUUCAACGAUGACUAACUCGAUUAGGCACCGAUUCGGGCUUAUUUGUUCCGGGCCCAUUUUUGGCAUUUUCCAAAGGGGUACCAUCACAGAUUUCGGGUGAUUUUAUGGAAUGGUCAUUUUUGUUGGAUUUCGGAGGCUACAGAUCGCGGAUUCGGCCUGAGGCGAUCUCGGGCUAUUGUCCACCGAUGAUUAAGUGAAUUAAUCGCCGAUUUGGGCGAAAAAUGUUCCGGGGGGGCAUUUUCGUAAUUUUCCGCGAGCUUUUUCGGGAGACAUUUUCCUUGGAUUUUGAGGCCUCGGAACACGGAUUCGACCUGAGGCUAUCCUUCAACGAUGACUAAGUCGAUUAGGCACCGAUUCGGGCUUAUUUGUUUCGGGCCCAUUUUUGGCAUUUUCCAAAGGGGUACCAUCACAGAUUUCGGGAGAUUUUAUGGAAUGGUCAUUUUUUAUGGAUUUCGGAGGCUACAGAUCGCGGAUUCGGCCUCAGGCGAUCUGGGGCUAUUGUCCACCGAUGAUGAAGUGAAUUAAUCGCCGAUUUGGGCGAAAAAUGUUCCGGGGCAUUUUCGUAAUUUUACGCGCGCUUUUUCGGGAGGCAUUUUUCCUUGGAUUUUGAAGGCCUCGGAACACGGAUUCGGCCUGAGGCUAUCCUUCAACGAUGACUAAGUCGAUUAGGCACCGAUUCGGGCUUAUUUGUUUCGGGCCCAUUUUUGGCAUUUUCCAAAGGGGUACCAUCACAGAUUUCGGGCGAUUUUAUGGAAUGGUCAUUUUUUAUGGAUUUCGGAGGCUACAGAUCGCCGAUUCGGCCUGAGGCGAUCUGGGGCUAUUGUCCACCGAUGUUUAAGUGAAUUAAUCGCCGAUUUGGGCGAAAAAUGUUCCAGGGGGGCAUUUUCGUAAUUUUCCGCACGCUUUUUUGGGAGGCCAUUUUCCUUGGAUUUUGAAGGCCUCAGAACACGGAUUCGACCUGAGACUAUCCUUCAACGAUGACUAAGUCGAUUAUGCACCGAUUCGGGCUUAUUUGUUCCAGGCCCAUUUUUGGCAUUUUCCAAAGGGGUACCAUCACAGAUUUCGGGUGAUUUUAUGGAAUGGUCAUUUUUGUUGGAUUUCGGAGGCUACAGAUCGCGGAUUCGGCCUGAGGCGAUCUGGGGCUAUUGUCCACCGAUGAUGAAGUGAAUUAAUCGCCGAUUUGGUCGAAAAAUAUUCCGGGGGGCAUUUUCGUAAUUUUCGGCGCGCUUUUUCGGGAGGCCAUUUUCCUUGGAUUUUGAAGGCCUCGGAACACGGAUUCGACCUGAGGCUAUCCUUCAACGAUGACUAAGUCGAUUAGGCACCGAUUCGGGCUUAUUUGUUUCGGGCCCAUUUUUGGCAUUUUCCAAAGGGGUACCAUCACAGAUUUCGGGCGAUUUUAUGAAAUGGUCAUUUUUUAUGGAUUUCGGAGGCUACAAAUCGCGGAUUCGGCCUAAGGCGAUCUGGGGGCUAUUGUCCACUGAUGAUGAAGUGAAUUAAUCGCCGAUUUGGGCGAAAAAUGUUCCAGGGGGGCAUUUUCGUAAUUUUCCGCGCGCUUUUUGGGGAGGCCAUUUUCCUUUGAUUUUGAAGGCCUCGGAACACGGAUUCACCCUGAGGCUAUCCUUCAACGAAGACUAAGUCGAUUAGGAACCGAUUCGGGCUUAUUUGUUCCGGGCCCAUUUUUGGCAUUUUCCAAAGGGGUACCAUCACAGAUUUCGGGCGAUUUUAUGGAAUGGUCAUUUUUGUUGGAUUUCGGAGGCUACAGAUCGCGGAUUCGGCCUGAGGCGAUCUGGGGCUAUUGUCAACCGAUGAUGAAGUGAAUUAAUCGCCGAUUUGGGAGAAAAAUGUUCCGCGGGGCAUUUUCGUAAUUUUCCGCGCGCUUUUCGGGAGGCCAUUUUCCUUGGAUUUUGAAGGCCUCGGAACACGGAUUCGACCUGAGGCUAUCCUUCAACGAUGACUAAGUCGAUUAGGCACCGAUUCGGGCUUAUUUGUUCCGGGCCCAUUUUUGGCAUUUUCCAAAGGGGUACCAUCACAGAUUUCGGGCGAUUUUAUGGAAUGGUCAUUUUUUAUGGAUUUCGGAGGCUACAGAUCGCGGAUUCGGCCUGAGGCGAUCUGGGGCUAUUGUCCACCGAUGAUGAAGUGAAUUAAUCGCCGAUUUGGGCGAAAAAUGUUCCGCGGGGCAUUUUCGUAAUUUUCCGCGCGCUUUUUCGGGAGGCCAUUUUCCUUGGAUUUUGAAGGCCUCGGAACACGGAUUCGGCCUGAGGCUAUCCUUCAACGAUGACUAAGUCGAUUAGGCACCGAUUCGGGCUUAUUUGUUCCGGGCCCAUUUUUGGCAUUUUCCAAAGGGGUACCAUCACAGAUUUCGGGCGAUUUUAUGGAAUGGUCAUUUUUUAUGGAUUUCGGAGGCUACAGAUCGCGGAUUCGGCCUGAGGCGAUCUGGGGCUAUUGUCAACCGAUGAUGAAGUGAAUUAAUCGCCGAUUUGGGCGAAAAAUGUUCCGGGGGGCAUUUUCGUAAUUUUCCGCGCGCUUUUUCGGGAGGCCAUUUUCCUUGGAUUUUGAAGGCCUCGGAACACGGAUUCGACCUGAGGCUAUCCUUCAACGAUGACUAAGUCGAUUAGGCACCGAUUCGGGCUUAUUUGUUCCGGGCCCAUUUUUGGCAUUUUCCAAAGGGGUACCAUCACAGUUUUCGGGCGAUUUUAUGGAAUGGUCAUUUUUGUUGUAUAUUGGAUGCUACAGAUCGCGGAUUCGGCCUGAGGCGAUCUGGGGCUUUUGUCCACCGAUGAUAAAGUCAAUUGAUCGCCGAUGUGAUCGAAAAAUGUUAUGGGCGGAAUUUUAAUAAUUUUCCGCACAUUUUUUCGUUAGGCCAUUUUCCUUGGAUUUUGAAGGCCUUGGAACACGGAAUCGGUCUGAGGCUAUCCUUCAAUGAUGAUUAAGUCAAUUAGGCACCGAUUCGGUCUUAUUAGUUCCGGGCCCAUUUUUGGCAUUUUCCAAAGGGGUACCAUCAUAGAUUUCUGGCGAUUUUAUUGAAUGAUCAUAUUUGUUGGAUUUUGGAGGCUACAGAUCUCGGAUUCAUCCUGAGGCGAUCUGGGGCUAUUGUCCACCGAUGAUGAAGUCAAUUAAUCGCCGAUUUGAACGAAAAAUCUUCCGGGGGGAUUUUCGUAAUUUUCCGCGCGCUUUUUCUGGAGGCCAUUUUCCUUGGAUUUUGAAGCCCUCGGAACACGGAUUCGGCCUGAGGCUAUCCUUCAACGAUGAUUAAGUCGAUUAGGCACCGAUUCGGGCUUAUUUGUUCCUGGCCCAUUUUUGGCAUUUUCCAAAGGGGUACCAUCACAGAUUUCGAGCAAUUUUAUGGAAUGAUCAUUUUUGUUGGAUUUUGGAGGCUAAAGAUCGCGGAUUCGGCCCGAGGCGAUCUAGGGCUAUCGUCCACCGAUGAUGAAGUCAAUUAAUCGCCGAUUUGUCCACCGAUGAUCGAAAAAUGUUCAGUGGGCAUUUUCAUAAUUUUCUGCGCGCUUUUUUCGGAGGCCAUUUUCCUUGGAUUUUGAAGGCCUCGGAACACAGAUUAGGCCUGAGGCUAUCCUUCAACGAUGAUUAAGUCGAUCAGGCACCGAUUCGGGCUUAUUUGUUCCAGGCCCAUUUUAGGCAUUUUCCAAAGGGGUACCAUCACAUAUUUCGGGCGAUUUUAUUGAAUGAUCAUUUUUGUUGGAUUUUGGAGGCUACAGAUCGCGGAUUCGGCCUGAGGCGAUCUGGGGCUAUUGUCCACCGAUGAUGAAGUCCAUUAAUCGCGAUUUGGGCGAAAAAUGUUCCGGGGCCUUUUUCGUAAUUUCAGCCCGCUUUUCGGAAGGCCAUUUUCCUUGGAUUUUGCAUGUUUUGGAUCACGGAUUCGGCCUGAGUUUAUCCUUCACCGAUGAUUAAGUCUAUUAGGCACCGAUUCGGGAUUAUUUGUUCCGGACCCAUUUUUGGCAUUUUCCAAAGGGGUACCAUCACAGAUUUCCUGCGAUUUUAUGGAAUUGUCAUUUUUGUUAUAUUUUGGAUGCUACCGAUCGCGAAUUCGGCCUAAGGCGAUCUGGGGCUAUUGUCCACCGAUGAUGAAGUUAAUUAAUCGUCGAUUUGGGCGAAAACAUUUCCAGGGGGCAUUUUCGUAAAUUUUUGCACGCUUUUUUGGAAGGUAAAUUUCCUUAGAUUUUGAAGGCUUCGGAUCACGGAUUCGGCCUAAGGCUAUCCUUCACCGAUGAUUAUGUCUAUUAAGCAUCGAUUUAGGCGUAUGUGUUCCGGGUCCAUUUUUGGCAGAUUCCAUAGGGGUAUAUACCUUCACAGAUUUCAGGCUAUUUUUUGGCAUGACCAUUUUCGUUGGAUUUUGGAGGCCACAGAUAGAGGAUUCGGCCUAAGGCGAACUGGAGCUAUUCUCCACCAAUGAUGAAGUCAAUAAAAAUUGAUUUGGGCGAAUUUUUUUCAUUGGGCACUUUCGUAAUUUUUCGUGUGCUUUUUUCGAGAGGCCAUUUUUCAUUAAAUUUGAAGGUUACGAAUCAAGGAUUCUGCAUGAGGCUAUCCUUCACCGAUGAUUAAGUCUAUUAAGCACCUAUUUGGGCGUAUUUGUUUAGGGUCCAUUUUUGGCAUAUUCCAAACCAUCACAGAUUUCAGGCGAUUUUUUGGAAAGAGCAUUUUCGUAUGAUUUUGGAGGCUACAGAUCACGGAUUUGACCUGAUGUGAACGAGGGCUAUUCACCUCCAAUGUUGAAGUCAAUUAAUAGCCAAUUUGUGCGAAUUUUUUUGUAGGGCAUUUUCGUAAUUUUUAGUGCAUUUUUUUCGAAAAGCCAUUUUCAUUUGAAGGCUGCGGAUUAAGGAUUUGGUCUGAAUCUAUCCUUCACCUAUUAGUAAUGUAAUAAUAAUGUUCUUUAGACCGGAAUUCAUGUUUUAGAUUUGUAAACUAUUCCAUUGAAACAAUGGUACCAUUCAAUAAAUGAUAAUCUACAUGUAUUUGGGUUAGAUUGUGAUAAGAAGAAAUGAUUAAAACAUUUUAUUAUUUAAUAAAAAGUUAAAAUAUAAAUUAAUACUAGUUGAUCUGACUCUAAGUAAUAGUGCUAUCGUUACUUGUUCUUUUAAUAAUAAUAAUAAUUCGUGAAUAUUGGGUUCAACUCGUUUUGACCUGAUUGAAUUAGGUUAAAUAUAUAUGGAUUUGAGUUUGAUUGUGAUAAGAGGAAAUGAUUAAAACAUUUGAUUAUUUAAGGGUAAAUUACACAUUUGGUCACUGAGAUUACUAAAUCGUGUCAUGUUUAGUCACUAGAAAAAACUUAAUAUCAAUUUUGGUCACUCGAAUUACUGAAACAUGUCACAUUUAGUCACUCUCCCAUUAGCUUCCGUCCAACUCCGGUCACUCGAAUUACUGAAACAUGUCACAUUUAGUCACUCGAAUUACUGAAACAGUUCACAUAGUCACUCUCCCGUUAGUUUCCGUCCAACUCCAUUAAUGAAGUUGGACGGAAACUAACGGGAGAGUGACUAAAUGUGACUUGUUUCAGUAAUUUGAGUGACCAAAAUUGAUAUUGAAUUUUUCUAGUGACUAAACAUGACACAAUUUAAUAAUCUCAGUGACCAAAUGUGGUAUUUACCUGAUUAUUUCAUAAAACAAUAAAAUAAUCCUAGUUGAUGUGACUCUGAGUAAUAGUACUAUUGUUACUUGUUUUUUAAUAAGAUAAAAUAAAAUAGUAGAUGGAGUUUGACGGAAACUAACGGGAGAGUGACUAAAUGUGACUUGUUUCAGUAAUUUGAGUGACCAAAAUUGAUAUUAAAUUUUUCUAAUGACUAAACAUGACACAAUUUAAUAAUCUUAGUGACCAAAUGUGGCAUUUACCUGAUUAUUUAAUAAAAAGUUAAACAAUAAAAUAAUCCUAGUUGAUGUGACUCUAAGUAAUAGUACAAUUGUUACUUGUUUUUUAAUAAGAUAAAAUAAAAUAGUAGUAAUAAUAAUAAUAAUAAAAUAAUAAUAAUAUAUACAAUAAUAAUAAUAAAAUAAUGUAAAUUAUUUUUGCUUUGGUCAUGUCAUUAUUGGAGUUUAGUCCAAAACAGCCUGAUACAAGAGAAUUACAUGGCAGAGACCAUCCCCGUGUUGCCGUGUAGAAAACAAAAUCAAACAGAGAACCGUUCAUUGCAGUAAAAAAUAAAAUAAAAAACAAUGAAAUCACUCCCAGAGGACAUCGUGAUCGACAUCCUCACUCGGUUACCGGUGAAAUCCAUUCUCCGAUUCAGAUCCGUCUCAAAGCCCUGGUCCAAUCUCCCCACCACACCCCAUUUCAUAGCCGCCCACCUCCGCCGGUCAUCCGCCGGCAACCCUCUCCUCAUCGUCCACCACGGCCGUACCUUCGGCCGGAAUCUCCGCGUUUCAGUAAUCGACAGCACCUUCCGAACCCUCCACCGCGAUUUCCCGCUGCCGGCCACUGUAUUCGACUCCCGUCUGCAUUCCCCUUCUAUCCUGGGCUCCUGCAACGGCCUGCUCUGCAUCAAGUUCACCGCCAAUUUCAUCCUCUGCAAUCCCGCCACCAAGCAAUUCGCCAUGCUACCCAACUUCAACAACCUCACAUCUCCGUUAACCCGUUGUCACGGGCCGAAAGCCCAAUUAAUUUGCGAGAGUUUCGGGUUCGGAUCCACCCUGGAGCCCGAUUACAAGCUGGUAAGAUUCGUCAGCGUUUUCCGCGGAAAACAGGAGAGCGCCGACGAAUCGGUGUGGCAGAGCUUAGAAGUCAAAGCUGCGGUGUUUUCGUGGAAGACAUGGUCGUGGAAGCAACUCACGAGAGACAAUUCGCAAAUCCCCCUGGCGUAUUACAGCAACCCGGUGGCGGCCAACGGGAAUUUGUAUUGGACCGGAGACAGGGGAGGGAGGAGGAAUUUCGUGCUCGAAUUCGAUCUCGCGGGGGACUCGUUUCGAGCAAUUGAGCUGCCGGAGUCUUUCGAGGGGUUUAGGAUCGAGUCGAGGAUUCAUGUUCGUAAGAGCGAUGCGUUCGAGGCGAUUGUGAUGGGCGAGAACGGGAGAGGGGUGAAAGGGAUGUUGUGGGAGUCGUUAAGGAGAUGUGGAUGCUUCGAUGGCGGCGGCGACUACAGAGGGUAUUGGAAUGGGGUUCGAGUUGUGUUGCGGCGGCGGGUGUACGGCGAUGUGUUGGGAUUUUCCGAUCCGACCGACGGCGAGGAGGGAACUGUUUAUUGUGUUGACGGUAUCGUAGACCGGGUUUAUGGUGUUUGCUGUUUUGUGGAGAGCUUGGUUGCGGUUCGUGGAGCCGAUGAGUAAGUAGGCCGGCCGCCGGGCUUCGGUUCAUAUCGUCUCCACGAACCGGUUCGUUAAUGGUGUUGUCAAGUUUAACAAGUAGCGUGAUCUAUCAUUGAAAUAUUAGCUUGAUAUAAAAUUUGGUCACACGUAAAUAGUUCCGUAUUCACCUAUUUUUGUGUUUAUUCAUGUAAAUAAUGUUUAUUAUAUUGGUGUUUAUUCGUGUUAUAGUAGUGGUUAUUCACGUAAAUAGUAAUGGUUAUUUACACAAUUGUAUUUAUUUGCACAUUUUUGUUAUUUAUUGACAUAGUAAAACUAAUUUUUAAGUUUUGUAAUAAUAUAAAAAUGAAUAUUUUUUGUGUAGAUUAUUGAUCAAUGCAACUCAUGUUUACAUAAGAAUGAAAAAUCCAAAUGUAAUUCGUAUAAUAUGGUCAAUACAAAUUAUUAGGAGGGAAAAAAAAAAGAGAUAGUUUGGAAUUUCAUUUGCCUGGAUAAUCAUAACUCUUGCGUGAAUUGCGUGAAUAACCAAAUUAUGAGAACAAUCAGCAAAAUAACAUAUACAACAAUGCAUCAUGGAUUAGGUGUUGGCGACACCAAACUGUAUCGAACAAUUAUUUGGUGAAUUUUGAGAUAUAUUAUAAAAAAUUGGCAUUAAUUUGGCUCAGAAAUUAGAAUAAAACGGAAUAGAUAUGUGAAGAAAAACGAAAACUUAGCCUUUAUUUUUCUUGGCUUUUGAGAGUCUACACCUCUUCUCUACACUACUUAUAAUACAUUUUAAAGAGUUUGAUUUGCUCCAUUUCAAAUUUCCUGCAACGAGAGUAAAAGUAGGAAGGGUAUUUUCGUCUACACAAUCAAUUUUUUAUUUUAUAUAAAAUAAUAUAUCAAUGCUAGGAUUUGAACAAUGGUCUCUUCCAUCAAAGACAAGAAUUGUAACCAAUCAGACUAGACACAUUUGUUGUACUUUAUUAAUACAAAACAUAGAGGAAGUUAAAAUUAUGAAAAACAUAGUACUUUUCUAUCACGGUUAAUUAGCCUGCUAAGUCUCCUGUAAGUAUUUUGUGGUGUUUGGUAAUUCUAUUUUCAUAUUUUAAUAAUUAAUUUAGAAUUUUUCUAACUUAUAAAUGAAGGAUAAUCUUAAAAUCUUAACACAAAUAUCAUUGGUUGGAAUAUUGCGCAUUGAAUUGAAGUGUUCAAUGACGACAUAAAAGCAUUGGUACAAUACAUUUCAAGAAAAAUAAACAUGACAAACACCGAUACCAAUUAUCUCGACAGUCUAUGCUAAAUUCGAAUUUGUUUAAUCAUUCAAUUUGAGUGAUAGUUUAGUCAAAGCAAGCAAUAAUUCACGAUUGUGUAUGAACAAAAAUAAAAACAUAUGUAUUGUAUUAUGAAAAAUAUAUUUAUUUUAACAAUCUAAAAAACAAUCAAGACUAUACAACCCUUAUUUUAGCAUUGUAAUUAAUGAAACAAUUUUUAUCAACAUGAUGCAAUGUUCAAGCUAAGGUCCAAUUAUUAAUCACCAGUAUAUAAUAUUCAGCUUAGUAAACUAUUUCAAUAUCCACAGCUAACUAUUAACGAUUACUUUUUUUCAUGUAUAAUCUAUUGACUAUGAAUGUUGCUUAUUACUUAAAUUCAACGGUGUCCAUGUUAGGUUUGAUGUCUCCAACAUAUUCUCACAAUUUAUCGAAAAAGCAUCAUAUCUUGCGAUUGAUAUCAUAGUUUUGUUAGGUAAAGUUCAACAAACUCAAUCAACAUUCGAACUCUUUCAAGUAGCUAUCUACAUGUGAAUAUGAAGUACCGAGUAGCUAAAACUCUACUUGAGUUAGUACGAUCUUUUGCGCUAUCAAAUAAAAUUCAAUACAUGAUUAUCUUAUUA